AUAAUAAAAAGGGAAAAUAGUUAGUGGAAUAAUACCUCUACAGAGGUUUUUUGGUAGCUUAAUCACUGAUGGAGCAUUAACUUGCAGGUUAUUGCUCACACAGUAACACUGGGUCAGGUUGCCACAAACUUAACAUCAGUGCAGUCUUAUUUUUGUAUCCAAUUAAAUCAUUUACAUUAACAUCAUUUUCAUUGCGAAUCAUUACACAAAUUACAAAGAAACAUUGGUGAUAUUACAGAGGAACCAUGUGGUCAAUAUUUAUAAAUUUAAAAUAAAUUUAAUAAAAUAACUUUUUUUUUCAGGGUAGGUGAAAAAAAGUCUCGAGUGAGGGGCUAUGUGGAAGAAGUCGUACCUGCCUAUACCGAUGAGGACUUCAGAAGAAUUUUUAGGAUGAAUCGAACAACAUUUUCCUUCCUUCUGGAGCACUUGGAGACUCUACCAGAACUACAGCCAUUGGGUCAUGGUAGAAGAGACCCAAUCAGCAUCCAGAAACAGUUACUUAUUACAUUGUGGUAUGUCGGUGGAACUGAUCCUCAGAGAAAAAUAGCUGAUCGAUUUGGAGUGUCUGAAUCUACAGCUGUAGUGUGUAGGGACAAAAUUAUUUCCGCCUUAAUAGGAAUGAGACAGAACAUAAUAAGGUGGCCCAAUGCCCAGGAAUUGCAAACUGAAGAACAGUUAUUUCAAAGGCGUAAUGGAUUUCCUGGAAUAGUUGGUGCGAUUGAUGGGACGCACAUACAGAUAAAAGCACCGCGAGACCAUCCCCAGAGCUAUGUCAACAGAAAACACUACCAUUCAUUACAACUUCAGUGUGUGUGUAGACACAACAUGUUGUUUAGUCAUGUUUUUACUGGAUAUCCCGGAAGUGUGCAUGAUUCAAGAGUACUCCAGUUAUCAGAUUUAUGGGAAAGUUGUCCAGAUAAAUGUGGUAGAAAUUAUCACAUUCUUGGGGAUGGAGGGUAUCCUUUGCGAAAGUGGCUGUUGACACCAUAUCGUGACAAUGGACACCUUACCCCCGAGCAAAAAAAAUACAACACCUACCAUUCAAGUAACAGAGUUGUUAUUGAAAGGGCUUUCGCAUUAUUGAAAGGUCGUUUUAGGAGACUUCACUAUCUUGACACUGCAUCUAUUUCUACGGCAGUGAAUAUCAUAGUGGCAUGUUGUGUGUUGCACAAUUUCUGCAUUUUAGAGUAUGAUGUACUAGAGGAGAACAUUGAACAGGACUUAGAAAGCGAUGUUGAAAAUGCAAAUGUUCAUUAUGACCAGAAUAGAGACGGAAUCGAUAAGAGAAAUGUUAUUGCCCGAAAUUUGUUGUAAUUACUUGUAAACUCAACAGUGUAGUUAUUUUGAAUACUUACAUUAAAGUGACAACACUAAUGAAAACAAAAGUAUUUUUGUAUAAAGAAAUAAAUUAUGCAUUGCUGUACUUAUUGAUAUGGGAAAAAAGACACAUUUCUCUUAUAUGAGGAUAAUAGUUUCACUUAUCAUCAAUAGUCUUACAUACUUUGAUCAUAUUCAUUCCUAGCAAUAUUUUUAGUUCAGCCAAAUUUGUUUUUUAUUUUGGUUGCUUUACUCAUCGUGUGAGGGCAUCUUUAAAAGCAAUGUAAGAAAAUUUCAAUUAUGUUUUUGAAGUUUUGCCAUUCAUUCUACUUAUUUCAUUUGUAUUGUUCUGCAUUUUUGCCAGUCUUUAUUGCUGAUGUGGUGCUUCAUGUUUACUAUGGACAAUUUUUUUUGUCAGACAUGUCUGACAAGUUUCAUGAUGUCUGUGUUUCAAGAUAAAUGCUGGUACUGAUCCAAAUGAUUGUGUAUUUAACUUGUAUUGCAUUUACAAACAAAUGUGCUUCAUAUACUAGAACUAAAGACAAA